CUCGGAAGCUGUCCUGCGUCAGGGCGGAUGGAUAUACUACCCAGGGUUGUUUCCUGACUUCCUUUUUCACUGUGGCCGCCAUAACGUGUGGAGUGUGGUUCCCGGCGAGCCGAAAAUAACGACCGAAAAUGGCCUGUGCCCGACCCCUGAUAUCGGUUUAUUCCGAUAAAGGAGAAUCUUCAGGCAAGAAUGUUGUCAUGCCUGCGGUGUUUAGAGCUCCAAUUCGUCCUGAUGUUGUGAAUUUUGUGCAUACAAAUAUGCGUAAAAACAACCGUCAGCCUUAUGCAGUCAGCGAACUGGCAGGUCAUCAGACCAGUGCGGAGUCAUGGGGUACAGGAAGAGCUGUGGCUCGUAUACCUCGUGUGAGAGGUGGUGGUACCCAUCGCUCUGGUCAAGGAGCGUUUGGAAAUAUGUGCCGUGGAGGUCGUAUGUUUGCUCCCACGAAGACCUGGCGUCGCUGGCACCGCAGGAUCAACACAACCCAGAAACGCUAUGCCAUCUGUUCUGCUUUGGCUGCCUCUGCGUUGCCCUCUCUUGUGAUGUCCAAAGGACACCGCAUUGAGGAAAUCCCUGAAGUUCCACUUGUGGUUGAAGACAAAGUUGAGAGCUACAAAAGGACUAAAGAGGCUGUGCUUCUGCUGAAGAAGCUUAAAGCAUAUGAUAUCAAAAAGGUUUAUGCCUCACAGCGUAUGCGUGCUGGUAAGGGUAAGAUGAGGAAUCGUAGACGGAUCCAGCGCAGAGGGCCAUGCAUCAUCUACAACCAAGAUGCAGGUGUGACUAAAGCCUUCAGAAAUAUCCCAGGUGGGUUUGUUCAUUAGUGUCACAGCCCCUGC